GGCGCUCACUUCUUUCAAGUUUCCUCUCUCGAGUUUCGUGUUUUCCGAAACUAUUAAACAAAUAAAAACUCACACUGCUCCAUUCCUUUCCUGCUCCGCUGCUUCUUCUGCACUUACUCUGUAGAUGUGUCGCAGAUACACGUAAAAAGCUUGUGAGAGACACAGAGGAGAAAGCAGUAACUUCUCGUUGCGCUACAACUUUCUUCGUCGGAAAUGACAGUGUUUGGCCAUUCAGGUGUCGGAGGUGGUUUCCUCGCCGGAAAACAGGUUUUUCCGGUGAACUACGAGGUUGAAGUUUCCCGUCGUCUUCUCGAAGCUUCGCAUUCAAACGAUCUGAUAUUAGCUCUCGAAUGCAUCGCCGAUCCGUUCGUUGACGUAAAUUUCGUCGGCGAUGUGUGCUUGAAGGUGAGAAAGGCGGAGGUCGUGACGCAUGAUGAGUUGCCGAACGAAGUUAGGAUCGUAUACGAGGAGUUCAAAACGGACGUUACGGCAUUGUUCCUCGCCGUUCAUAAUGGAAAUGUUGCUCUUGUGAGAAAACUACUGAGUAUUGGAGCCGAUGUAAAUCAAAAACUUUUCAGGGGAUUCCCAACCACAGCAGCAGUGAGGGAGGGACACCAAGAGAUCUUAGAGGUGUUAAUUAAAGCUGGGGCAUCUCAGCAGGCUUGUGAGGAAGCUCUGUUGGAGGCCAGCUGUCAUGGGCAUGCAAGAUUUGUCGAGCUGCUCAUGGAAUCAGAAAUGAUUCGACCUCGGAUUGCUGUACAUGCUUUCUUCACUGGAUGUUGCCGUGGAUUUGGAGAUGUUGUGGACACUCUCCUUAAGUGUGGAGUGAAUGUCGAUACUACAAAUCGUGUUUUGCUCCAGUCAUGCAAACCUUCUCUGCAUACAAAUGUUGACUGUUCGGCACUUGUGGCUGCUGUUGUUAGUAGGCAAGUCUCUGUAGUCCGUCUACUGCUUGAGGCCGGCGCAAAAACUGAUGGCCCAGUCCAUCUUGGAGCUUGGUCCUGGGAUGCAGCUUCAGGUGAAGAAUUUCGAGUAGGUGCUGGAUUAGCAGAUCCCUAUGCCAUUACUUGGUGUGCUGUGGAGUACUUUGAAGCUAGUGGCUCUAUUCUGCAAAUGCUCCUCCAGCGGCUCGCCCCCAGUACACUCAGUGGUAGAUCCCUUCUCCACCAUGCUAUUCUUUGUGGUAAUGCAGGAGCAGUUUCAGUGCUUCUGAAAUGUGGUGCUCAUGUAGAAUCUCCAGUUAAAACCUCUCGGAAUGUUGAGUUCCGCCCUAUACAUAUGGCAGCACGACUUGGGUUCUCAAGCGUUAUUAAAUGUUUGAUUGACUUUGGCUGUGAUCUAGACUCAAGAACGGACACAGGAGAUACAGCUUUAAUGAUCUCUGCGAGAUUCAAGAGGGAAGACUGCCUCAAAGUAUUGACUAUAGCUGGUGCUGAUUUUGGUUUGGUUAAUGCAGCUGGUGAAUCAGCAAGCUCCGUUGCUGCAUCCAGUCGAUGGAAGCUUGGUUUUCAAGGUGCAGUUCUGGAAGUCAUUCAGAGUGGAAAGAUUCCCAAGUCAAGCAACAUGUCUGUCUUUUCGCCCUUACUGUUUGUGGCUCGUUCCAGGGACCUUUUAUCCUUAAAAGCUCUGAUUGGACGAGGAGAUAUUGAUCUGGAUAGCCAAGAUGACCAAGGUUUCUCCGCUGUAAUGAUCACCGCUGCAGAGGGUCAUGUAGACGGCUUCAGAUUGCUUGUGCAUGCCGGUGCUAAUGUCAAGCUGCAGAACAAAUCUGGGGAGACUGCUGUUACCCUCUGCGCACUAAAUCAAAAUCGUGAUCGAUUUGAAAAGGUUCUGCUCGAAUUUGCUCUUGAACAGGGUAGUCGAAACGCUGCAGGUUUCUAUGCACUGCAUUGUGCAGCUCGAUGUGGCGACUUGGAUGCAGUUAAACAGUUAACAACCAGGGGUUAUGAUGUAAACAUGUCCAAUGGGGACGGUUACACACCACUCAUGCUUGCAGCAAGGGAAGGGCAUGGCCGCACAUGUGAAUUCUUAAUCUCUUGUGGGGCACGAUGCGAUAUCAAGAACGCAUUGGGUGAAACUGCACUUUCCCUUGCUAGGCAGACACAGAAAAAUGAGGCAGAGAGGGUGAUACUGGAUGAACUUGCUAGGAAACUGGUCUUAACUGGUGCCCAAGUGAAGAAGCACAUAAAGGGAGGUAAAGGGUCUCCACAUAUGAAAGUUCUUAAAAUGGUUGAAGCUGCUGGAAUAUUGCGUUGGGGAAAAUCAAGCGGACGUAAUGUUGUAUGCCGGGAGGCGGAAGUGGGACCGAGUUUGAAGUUUCAGAAGAUCAGGCAAAGAAAAGGUGAUGCUGAGCUACCUGGAAUAUUUAGGGUGAUCACGACCAAGAACAAGGAAGUGCACUUUGUGUGUGAGGGUGGUUACGAGACGGCAGAGCUUUGGGUGAGAGGAAUAAAGCUUGUGACAAGAGAAGCUAUUUUUAGCAAGUAGAGAUAUUUGUCGGCGAUAAGCAAGAGAGUUUAGAUGUAUAGUUAUUAGCUUACUACUUCAUUUUGUCAUAUGCUUAGAAGAGUUCUUACUCAAUGUAGAGUUUUUCUCUUUUAGUAUAUGUAGUACUUCAUCUUGUAGUACUUCGUCUGUAAAUGGCAUCUUAACGAGAAAAAGAACAGUUGAGAAGAUGAAAGCUUUUAUUGCCGUCCAGAUUCAUCAUGUAGGGAGUGGGAUUUUAGUUUUCUUUCAGUCAAGCUUCAGUUAG